AUCGAUAAGAGACAGUUUCAAACAUGUCCAUAAGAUCUAAAAAGGUAACGGAGCCUGAGAGCUUGAGGCUUUCAUUUAACGAUGAUGCACUCUUAUGGCCAGAAUGGUCUGACGCGGCGUUGAAUAAGGAAAACUGGACAGCUUCUAAAAACGGACCGGACAGUUUGUUUCUUGACGCACAGCCUGUUCCAUUACCACCAUCCUUGGUGCCUCAUGAAUGGAUAAGGGCGAAGGAUUUACCAAAUCUAAUCGAACCGCUGACGGUGUAUGUUCCCGGAUCAGGCUACUCGGACCUAAUCACAAACAACAAACAUUUAUUGCACAGUGAAUUCGCGCGAUGGUUCGUUUCCGCGCUAAUAAAUCUCGAGCACUGCGGACGGAAUGGAUUGGAAAUAAGUGGCGAGAACAGCAAUUUCAUUUGGAAUGGGCGGUACCAAUCCUGGCGUGGUUGGAUGAACGUGUAUUCAAUGAACAAAGCUGGUAAAGGGGUGCAGCAUAAGCCUGGUGUAAAUCUAAAUGGGAAAUACGUGAUAAGGGUGUAUUUUUUGGGAUGCUGGCGUUACGUUGAGGUAGAUGACACGAUACCAGUAAAUACAGAAGGGAUACCACUUCUACUUCGUACUUCUAACGAUUUCGAACUAUGGCCUAUGCUUCUUUCAAAGGCACUAUUAAAACUGGCCUCUCUAACAUGGACCGAGCACCGUGAAAUCGUCGAUUUUCAUCCGGUCACUUGCUUAACUGGUAAAAACGAAACCUCGUAUGGCAAGGCUAGUGCUUCUGUUAUUCAUCCUCCUAUGUUUAAUCCAGGAUGGGUUUGUUUGCGCUUAGACAUCGCGUAUCUGUCUCCCCAAGACAAAUGGGACUUCCUGAGGAAGUACGCUGACCAUUUCGAAUGGCAGGCGGAAACCCCGGAACAAGAGAAUCAAGAAGCUGCUGAAGUAAAUAAGAAAGGAAAGAGGUCGAAGGAUACGGUGCGUUCAAAAAAGUCGAAGGAUACGGGUCGAAGUAAAAAAUCUAAGGACACGAGUCGAAGCAAAAAAUCUAAGGACACUGAGCGGUCGAAAAAGUCAAAGGACACCGAGGGGACGAAAAAAUCGGGACAGGCUCGGAAAUUGAAAGCGUUAAGCAAACCUCAACCAGUGACUUUAUUUCUGGGUUUGGAAGACAUGAGGGAAGUGCCUUUGGAAGUUGUGCCUGGAUUAUCCCCCUGCUGGGGCCAUUUUAUCUACGUCGAACAGUCUCGUGACAUCCCUUUGGAUCCAAAAGACGUGAAACCUCCAUUGGCAAGAUGGAAACUGUAUCGUUGGCUAAGAUGGGCCAUCAACGAGGGUAUAAUCGACCCAGCCGAGUACUUCGUACCCAUUCGUUCUCUAAAAGUAGUUAGCCCCCUGAAGAAAUGCAAGGAAAGCGUGAUCAACAAGUACAACGACUUAAACAUGGAACAAAAUCUUCAGAACGAGCUUAAUCAACAAUCGAAAUUCAUUAACUCGUCGAAAGAACCACCAGAGAAAAAUUCUAUGGAAGAAACUGAAGAAGAGAUAAGUUUCUGGGCAGACUUCAACAAAAUGGAACCUCACGUCAGAGACAUCCAUUUCUUUUACAAGUUAGACUACUUUCAGUACACUGUGAAACUCUCAGACCGUUUUAAGAACAAUCAAUCCAGUGAACAGAAAUCGGAGACGAAGAAGAACAGCAGAAAGAGUUCUCCUUCAAGAGCGACGUACAAGGAUCCAGAAGUCAUCGGUACAUACAAUUGGCCUCAGAAAAUGUCGAGAACCAGAAACGAACCACUGUAUAUUCUGACUGAUUCCCUGGAAGAGAAAUUCUUCCUCAUCGAUUUUUCCACGUUUCAAGUAGUCAACUCACCGAAAGAAAAUGAUAUCCAAACAAAUUCUCCAGCUAUGCAAACAGGGGAUAUGGAUUAUCUGAGCCUAGAGAAACAUAACUGGUUUCGUAGACCAGAGAAGUCGAAUCGUUUGUUGUCCAUGUUGACUGCUGGAACCAAGUCAGUUGUGAUUGAAUUGGAUGCUGGAAGGCACCUGUUGCGAAUGUACUGUCGUUCAGAAUCGAAUUGUUUCAUAACAAUUUCAUCUGACACUAUAUUUCACGUUGGAGACAGAAGAAAGAUGUACCAAUUGAUGUCCGGAGAAUCUCAGAGGAUCGAUCACUUAACGAAGCACAUCAGCAACUGUGUCAGUAAUGCUUAUCAAUCGUUCGGUACUGAAAAGUACCAGGAAGCCUUGAAGAAUUACUACAGAAGCUACUUACCACCUAUCCAAGAUCCCGAGGAGAGAAACAAACUGUUCUAUGAUCAGAUACACGACUAUUUCUUAGAUGAAAAGGUACAAUUAAUAAGAAAGGCCUUCACCGAUGAACAAGUUCCAGACGUGCUCAGAUCCCUGAGGAUAUUCUUCCUGAAUCCUACAAUUGGUUUGGAACGUUUCAACGUGAUCUCCAGGUUAAUAGAGAGUCUUCAGGAUCUAAACGAAUCCAAAGACCCCUUUGAAAGUAACAACGACAACUCUGACAAAGAAAAGCUUGAGGAGGACCAAGCUGCGACUAUUAUUCAAUCGUUCUUCAAGAUGCUGAUCAUCAGGAAGUAUAAACAAAUACACGAUCCUCAGCAUAAACAACAUCAAAGGGUCUUGGACAAUCUUUCGAAGAUUGUCGAACUUUUCAAUUACGAUAAGCGAGAAUCUUUAGCCAAUCAAUUGCUGAGGAACAUACUGAAGCAUCACGAUAGGCUCAGCGAUGCUUAUCCUUUUUCCAAGGACUGCGAGCACACGUUGCAGGUGCAGGAGGUGAAAGGGGUCCUGACGAACGUGAAACCGAACCAAUGGUUACCCAUGCCGAGGCUGGUGGUGAACUGUCGUGUCACGGAGACAGUAUUGGCAGGGAUUGACAUGUUCGUCGAUUUGCCCAGGUACAGCGUGCGGGUAUUCAACAACGACACCGGUCGAGAAAUGUCACGGGUGGUUAACAACGUGGUGUCCACCUGGUACCAGCAUUCCAGGCUGGGCUAUACGAUAGUUUGUUACGGUUGGAGCAAGGAAUUCGCGUUCAAAGAGUUGCCUUGGAGUUUGAACGUGAUCACCGUGAAACAGCAGCCCGUUUUUUACUCCACGGACACGGAAAGCCCGUUGUCUUUGACCACUGCUCUACCCAUUCUGAUGGUCGAAGAGUUCUCCAACAAUUACGUACCCAAUUCUCAAAAUUACAUCUCAAAGCUGAUCGUUCGAGUAGCCAAACCUAGUAUCGUCUCGUUUAGAUUGAAGACGACUUACGAGAACGUGAGAAUGAAAUUUACUGUAACCGAUAAGCAAGGGAACGUAGUUGCUCGUGUGACGAGUACGUCGGUCGUGAUACUGCCGAUGGUGUAUCUUGGACUUGACGAGGAAUCCAAUCAGAUAGAGAAUAACGCCGAUAAGAAGCUUCCAAAUGGACGCAACAACGAAGAGGAUUCGAUGGAAAGUAGAAGCAGGGAAUCGUUGGAUUAUAAAACUUAUUACGUCCAGGCUACGGUACUGGACGAUAGUUGGCCUUUGACGCAGUCGGAGUGGAUUGUUGUAAUGGAGAUUAGGGAGGGCACCGCGAUGACUGAUAUUAGAUCGAAACAGUCUUCUGUUUCGCAAGUGAGCAAAUUAAUCAAGUCUGAAUUCGCGAAAGGGAAGAAAAGUUCGAAGCAACAGAUGGAUGGUCAGAAUCUAGAGCCACCUUACUGGGUGCUGCAGGUGGUCACCGAUGUUGGUAGCGGCUUGGAAAUAUCUCAAGACAGAACGAAAGAACAAGAAAUAGCACAGAUGAAGGAGGAUUGGGCGAAGGAGAAUCCCGACAGCUUAGCACGAGGCAGAGUACUCAGAGCAGCUUUCUUGAAGAAGCAUGAAAUAAAAUCCAAUUAUUCGUUAGCAUCGUUGAAAAGAAGAUCUUUAACGACCCCUGAGAAAUCCCUGACAAAGUGUCAUCGAACGUCGAUCACGGAUAGCAGAAUGAUUUCGUUACUCGAUUACGAGCCGAGAACCUUGAAACCACCCUCGUUUCUUCGAAGACUUCCUCCGUUGGAUUUAACCAUCUACGAAGUGAAAGAAGACGAAGAGGAUAUACCGUGGGUCAGAACGGAACAGGACGAGGAAACGUUGAGGAGCAGUCGCGUGAUGAAUAUCAUCUAUGCAAAAGAAGAUCACGCCCAUUUUGUCGCGGACUUGCAGGACAUUUUGCAGACUCGCAAAGAUAGAUACAAACAGGUCUUCAGCGAUUACAAAGACCUCUUUUGGGAGUAUAAAAUCUUGAUGGAGGAAGCGCACGAAGCAAGGAAUUCUUAUGUCAGUAAUAUGAAAAGAGAACGUAUUCCAGUUAGUAAAAAAGCAAGCAGUAGAAAGAGCAAGAAGUCUAAGAAAACUUAAGUUAAUAAUUAGCAAUUCGUAGAUUUUAAUGGAAGUGUAAGUUGAUUAAUCGUCGAAUAGCUGAAACUGUGAUUAAAAUAAUUCAGUAUAAUCGUGGCUGAGGUUUGUAGAUUUCUGAUGUAACGUUAAUUUGUUAAUUAAUAACCCUUCGUAGAAAUUACGCUCUCGAAGGCCGAUACUUCACCGCAGCAUUUCCAACCUGUCUAAAAAAAAAGCCCUCUGAAAUAUUCACCAACGACUACAUACAUCACGUUUAUCGUAAUAGCUGGCAAAAAACGUUUCUAAUUACCGUCUGAACCUUGUCCUUAAUAAUCGUGGCGCGUAUUCCGGUACAGCGACAUUCCUCGGAAUAGAUUCCACGAGGUUCUACAGUCAAGAA